CUCUCUCUCUCUCUCUCUCUCUCUCUCAGAGCAGAGAAUGGCGGUGUCGUUCUCUUCGACAUUUCCGGCGGACCCAAUUAACCUUAAAUUCCCAAAUCACUCUAUCGCUAACCCUAACCCUAGCUUUGCUUCAUGCCACUGCCCAAAUCCCCUGUUUCUUCGUUGUCGGACCCGCAGAUUAUCAUCAGCCACCUCCGGUGACCGGACUCUGAACGGAAACUCCCCGGCGCCCUGCCACUCCCGGCAACGGCCACGAUCCCUCAAGUCGCCUCCCGAUUCUCUCCGCAACCUCGCCUCUUCUGCCAUUGUCUUUCUAUUAGGCCUUGGCAUUCGUAUCUGCUCCGCAGCUGCCUCUACCCAGAUUCCGGCAGUCUCCGUUGCCAAUUGUCCGACGGUUGUUGAAGAGCAAAAAAUUGAAGACAAUUUUGAUGUGGGAAAAUCUAGAACCAUGGAGAACCUUGAAGAUAAAGAAUUGAAUGCUGCAUUUGAGAAGUGGAAGUCAAGGACAUAUGCUUUGACAGUUCCCUUGAGAAUUAUUGCUUUACGUGGUUCACUGCCUCCUUCAUGGGUGAAGGACUUCAUUAAAUCUCAAGGAAAGAGAGUGAGGUUACGGUUAGAGAUCUAUGGAAGUCUCAACGACAAUGCUCUCUUUAAAUCUUUUACCAAUGGAAAUGUUGAUCGUAAAUCUGCUGUAGCAGCUGAUAUUAUUAGCAUUGGUGAUUCGUGGCUCAAUUUUGCAAUAAAGAAGGGUGUAAUUGAGCCCCUAGAAGGGAUAGAGAACCAAGAUUGGUAUAAAUGCUUGGGCAAAAAAUGGAAGGUAUAUUUAUGCAGGAACAAUGAAGGAAACUUGGAUCCUGAAGGGAAAAUAUGGGCUGCCCCAUAUAGAUGGGGAACCAUGGUGAUAGCUUACAAGAAAUCGAAAUUUCAAAAGCAUAAUUUGUCUCCUAUAGAGGACUGGGCCGAUUUAUGGCGGCCUGAACUUACAGGGAAAAUUUCAAUGGUUGAUUCUCCUAGAGAAGUUGUUGGCACAGUAUUGAAGAGCAUGGGGGCAUCAUACAAUACAUGCAAUAUUGAUGCUCAGGUUGCAGGAGGGAGAAAUGCGGUGGGAAAGAAGCUCACACAGCUCAGCAAGCAGGUUCGGUUAUUUGAUAGUGUGCACUAUCUGAAAGCAUUUGGAGUGGGAGAUGUAUGGGUGGCAGUUGGAUGGAGUAGUGAUGUUCUUCCUGUUGCAAAACGCAUGUCAAACGUCACAGUAAUUGUUCCAAAAUCUGGAUCUAGUUUAUGGGUGGAUCUGUGGGCAAUUCCAGCUGCUUCAAGAUUUGCUACAAAUAAAAUAGGGGGACGAGUCAGGGGGCCAUCUCCCCUGAUCCAUCAGUGGAUCGAGUUCUGUUUGCAGGCUGCUAGCGCGCUGCCUCUCCAGCAGCAGGUAAUCCCAGGCGCAUCUCCCUCCUCCCUCCAUUCUACCACAACUAAAGAGUCGGAAGAGCUUACCAAGGGCAAGCCUAAACUGGAAACAAAUCUCAUUUCUGGAGUACCCCCGAGGGAUAUUUUGGAUCAGUGUGAGUUUCUAGAGCCUUUACCAGAUGCUGCAUUAGCAGAUUAUCAGUGGUUAAUUGCAAGCAUGCAGAAAUCGCAUUGUGGUUUGAUUCAAAGAAUGGGACGCGUCAUCUUGUCUUCACUUGGAAACCUGUUGCCAGGGAUGCAAUGCAACCCAAGUAAGUCCUGCUGAUGCUGAGAUUUCGUGGUUAAGUGGUGCAUAUUCAACUCUA